AUGAAUUGGUCGAAUGUUUCAUUUCAUCUUUUAAAAUAUGAAUCUGUGAGACAAAAGGAGAAUUAAUAAGAAAAAUAAUAAUAAUAACCUUCACUCCAUAAUAACUCCUUCUCGACUCCUAAAAAGUUUGAAUAAUUACAAGAAAAAAUGAGAUGCAAGUCUGAGCAAUGCGAUGAAUUUGGAAAUUACUCGAAUAAAUAUAAGAUUUUUCAUGAUCUUAGUGUUGAAUUCCCACAACAUAAAAAAUAGAGACUUACCUAAAUAAUCGUCUAAAAUUUAAAAAAAAAUCCAAUCUCCCUUCAAUAAAAUUCUUUUAGAAAUAUUGUUGUAAAAUAACAAGGGCCAACAAAUAAUGUCAUAAGCACCUUUAAUAAAAGAUUAAAGGAUUUUAGGCAUUAGGAAUAAGAAGUUAAUUCGGAUAGUAAAACUGGAAUGGAUUUACACAACAAAAAUCUCUAAAAAGUUGUUAAACAGGAGAAGUUGUCUAAAGUAGAGAUCGAUCCUAGCAUUGAAACUAUGCAUACUGGCAUCUUUAGUUGUUCCCCAGGAGAAAGUCCUCGAGUCAAAGUCUUAAAGAAAACAACGAAUAAAUUUAUUUUAAAAUAAACCCUAUAAAAGACAAACAUUAUUGAUAAAAUAAUAACCGAGAGUAAAAUAAAUUCAAAAACAACGUGUUCUCCUAGAUCAAUAUUACAUCAUCAACAUAAAAAGACGAAUUCCAGUGGUCAUUCUGCUUAUUCAGAAUAAAAUAGAUUUCUUCGUAGAAUUAUCGGUAAUUCUCUCUCUGUAAAAUCUUUACAUAAGUAAUUGUGA